AGGAGCACAGGGACGUUUUGAGUAGUAAAGCAGCUGAAUCGCAAAACAUUUUCCUUUCUUUUGUUAGGUAAUUAACUUUUCAGGGUAGAUAAAAUAACUAAACACGCUUAGACAGUUGUCGAUAGUGAGGGGUUUUCUUAUUUUUUUGUGAUCGCUAUGUCCUCCUCUAAGGAGGAUACGUUAUCCCCAGAGGAGCUGAGGAAAAGACUCUAUCAAACCUUUAAAAACAUAGGAGUGCUCGACACACUCAAAGUGCAGCUGCGGAAUCAGCUCAUCCAGGAGUUGAAAUAUCCACACUCGAAGGGACACAAUCCAGCUCCCAGGCCACUACAAGGGACAUCUGAGACUUUUUUACUUUCAGCUUGCAACAGUAUGGUGGCUGAUCACCUCCGUAGUUCAGGGUAUGAGUACACACUUUCUGUAUUCUGCCCUGAGAGUGGUCUGUCUAAGGACAAGAUUCUCAAGAAAGAAGACCUUCUUCAGGUUCUUAAAUUUAAUCCUUCAUCAACCUUUGUUACAUCUAUGCUAAAUAAAGAAAACAGUGAUAAAGGGCUCCUGUUCAGCCUUUUAACCGACCUGACACACCAUUCAACACACGACCUCCGUCAUGACGUAGAUACUCAGACAACCAACUCGACAAAUUACGGAGAGUCCAUUGUUGACAAAAUGAAAAUGAUUGACAAGCAAUACGAGAGCUUCAGUUUAGGUGAAGCCAAAAUGUUCCCACUCCAGUCAAAGCUGACUGCAUAUAAACAAGAGAUUGAUGCGCAGAAGGAAGCAGAAAUGAACACAAAGCUGAAACAUUUCAAAGAAGUUGAAAUUGCAAAGAUGAGGAUGGAGGAAAAAUCCAAGUUUAUUAAGGAAUUUGAAACGCUGAAGCAAGAACUGGAGAGGACUUAUGAAACGAAGGCGAAGGCGCUGAUGGAGCGAGAGAAAAAUGCCAUCGAGAGGUUGCAAAGACAGCAAGAGAUUGAAGAAAAAAAUGUCUACAUGCAGAGACAAUCCCUGCUGAAAGAAAUCGAAACACUGCGCAGCAGAGAAAACGAGCUAAGGAUGAGGAUGGAGGCUUUUGAAAAGUCUUGUCAAAUUCACACAGAGAAGGUGAGGGCUACUGAAGAGUUGUUGAGGAGAAGAGAUCUGGCUGUAAAGAUGAUUGAGGACACAUACGACCAGAAGUUGAAAAAUGAGCUCGCCAGGUGCCAGCUUGAGCUGAAGGAGGAAUUUCUUACAAGAACAGAGAAACUCACAGAAAAUGAGAACAGACACAAAGUAGAAACAGUUCGAAUCCAAAAGGAGUCGGAUUUGAUUGAUGCCAGGCUACAGGAGCACAACAGAACAUGCGCAGAGCUGAAGCGACUGCGGGUUGAGCUAGAGACCGCACAGCAGCAGAUAUCUCUGCUGACUCAACAGAAGGAGCUAUUAAAGGAACGACUCGAGAGCACAAGCGACUAUCCCGGCUUGAAAAGGGAGAAAGCAGAGCUGCUGGGACAGCUGCAGCUGCUGAAGAAACAGCUGCAGGAAUCACAAGAAGAGAACCAGCGGCUCCGUGCAGAAAUGAUCAAACCAUCUAAAGAAGAACUGGCCUUGCAGACGGAGCUUCGCCGACUGCAGAACGCUCAAACACUAGACAAGGAGGAGUUUGAAAACCAGAAACAGGUUCUGCAAACGCAGCUUCAGAGUGAGGUGGAACGAUGCGCCGAGCUUAAAGCUCAACUGGCAGAGUGUGAGACGAGGUCAGUGUGGAUGACGAAACAUCUUGAGGAGUUAAAGAUGCAGCUCCGCCAAACACAGCAAGCGCUGGAAAAUGAAGUGCUGCGUAACCCCAAGCCCUCUCUUGUUGAUCGCUCUGUUCUGGAGCUCAUCACUGACAAGCUGGUUCCACCCAACAUCUAUGUGGACACAUCUGUGCUAAGGCCCAGGGUGAGUUACCAUGAUGUUUGUGAAGCAGGUGGGCCGUCGCAAGGACACAAGUCUCCUUGGAGGGAUUCUCCAAACUCUGACGUGGAGCUUGUGGCAGAAGCCAAGGCUCGAAUCCAGGAGCUGCAGAAGGAGGCCGAAAGCUUAGAGGAAGCUUACAGGGAAUACCAGCAGAGGGCAGUGCACUCCACCAUCUCACACAGGCCUUUCUCCCCACCCUAUUCUUCACAUUACCCCAGCUUCCCUUCGAGGAAAAAAGACUGUCAGCCUUCACACGACUAUUUAACCCACAGGCCAAAGACUUUACUCAAACAGCUCACUCCUCAAUGUGUCCAAUCCCCCUCUUUGGUAUCCCACGACACCGGAAACAUCAUGCCACCUUUAGAAGUCCGUGAUCAGCCCCAGGCCCCAUUUGUCUCUGACCACAGUCAGAAUGGUUUGUCUAAACCUGUACUUCUAAGAGAUGGACAAAGUCCUGAUGAAAGCUCUGUUUCAUCCAAACAAUUGUCUUCCAGAGGGCGACUUCAGAAGGAGAAUGCAGAAGCUGUGUCUCCAACGGCGUUCUCCCAGCCGCCGCCACCCGACACACGGCUCUUUCAUGCCUCUGUCGUCACUGUCACAACCACAGGUGACUUUUCUCCUGAGCUCAGUCCACCUCACAGCCCCCAGCACAGGAGCACAGCACGGGGCCACUUCAGUCCACCCGAAGUACAGCCUGUAUUCUCCAGCUCAGAGACUUCCCCGCAGCCGGAGAAGAUAAACCUUGAAGAUCUAAUGGGAGAAUUGCAAGGUUUUCCAGACUAUGAACAGUCAUGUCAUGAGCCCGGCCACAUUCCAGAGCUUCUCCUGGACACUGCUGUCCCUCUCUCUGAGGAGGCCCCUGAAAGGUCCACCACCACCCCCCAGCCCCAGGACCUCCCAGAAGACCCAACACACUUGCACAGCCAGCCUGAAGUUCAAGAGACUUCAGGUGAAUCUGUCAAGGAGCAAGAGGAAGAAGAGGAGCAAAGGUGGGAAAGAGAGCGAAAAGAAAAACAAGAACAAAGGCAGAGAGAGCUAGAAGAAGCCAAAGAGCGAGAGCGACAGGAACUGGAAUGUUUGGAGAAGGAGAUGCUUUUGGAAGAGGUGGUGCAACCGGAAAAGGAAGAAGAAACAGAUAUUAAGAAAGGCGAAGAUAAUGAGCACAGCAGGGAAGAGCUACAAGUAGAAAAUCCACUGGAGAAAUACAUGAAGAUGGUACUGGAAGCAAGAGAGAAGCAGCAUGAGCAGAUGCCUGUAAUAGAGGAAGGAGGACAGAUGAGCCCGGACGUCAAGAGUUUAUUUGAAGAAAAAGAUGAAAGCAUCGCAGCAUACUCACUGAAGGAUGAAGAAGAUGAGUUCUGGUGAGCCGUCUCAUAAGCUGAAUCAAAGUUCUGCAACAAAUUUCAAGCUUGUCACUUUUUUAACCUUAAGUUUGUUCGUUUUUUUCUAUUUGGCCUAUUUGCAAGGAUUGCAAAUGUGAAAAACGAAUUUUGCUAACCGUGCUCUAAUAAAGAAACACACUUCACAACA